AUGAAACUUUCUGCUUUAGCUUUAAUUUUGGCAGCUGCAAAAUUAGUUGACCUGGCAAACAUUCCAGGUUGCUUGCCAAAAGGCUCCACCAAAACCUCUGGAUUUACAGCUAAUUUCUACCCAUACGCUAUGGGAGAUUCAACGACAAUGUCGGAUUUAGACUACGUGCUGGGUGGUUACAAAAACAAUGAGAUUCUCGCCAGUGCAAGUGGUAUUCAGGAUAUCUCUUUCGACUGGGUUAACACAAUUAAUCCUUAUUCAAUGGUCCCAACUACUUACAACCUCUUUGGAGUUCCUAUUACAAUCACCAACUUCACUGUUGAACUUACUGGGUAUUAUUACGCUGCUACUGAGGGUGAUUAUACAUUCAAGUUAACCCAAAUCGAUGAUUCUGCUGCUGUCUUCCUUGGUGAUGGUUCUGCAUUUGAUUGUUGUAAAACCAAUCCUUCCGUUGAUCCCUCGGAUUUUAUGAUUUACACCUACAAGAUUUGGAAAGGUAGUAAGAGAGACAAGGAAGCAACUGUCAGUCUCGCUGCUGACACCUACUACCCUAUUAGAAUCGUUUACACUAAUGCCGAACAGAGAGCUAUUCUUUCUGCUACUGUCACUCCUCCAAGUGGUGUAUCUCAAAGCAUUGAAGCUGAUACUUACUUUUUUGGUGACUUAGGUUAUGAUUGUCCUGCUCCACCUGUAUCAUCAACAGCAUUUGUUUCCCCUUCAUCCACCCCAACUCCACUUGCAGCACCAGCACCUUUAUUAGAAGUUGUUGAGACUUCCUCGUCAACUACUUCAUCGUCAACUACUUCCUCGUCAACUUCCUCAUCAGCUACUUCCUCGUCCGUUUCCCCUUCAUCCACCCCAACUCCACUUGCAGUAAUAGAAGUUGUUGCGUCUUCCUCGUCAACCACUUCAUCAUCAGCUACUUCUUCUAGUUCAUCUAGUAGCUCAUCAUCUUCAUCGUCUUCAUCAAGCCCAGUAGUUUCAUCAACAACUAUCCAAGAUGUAACUUCCACUGCAACUGAUAUUUCGACAGUAGUGGUCACAAUCACCUCCUGCUCCGAUGAUAAGUGUCAUGAAGUUCCAAAAACUACCGGACAAAUUGUGGUAACUGAAACUGUUGACGAAACUGUCUCAAUUUAUACAACUUACUGUCCAUUGACUUCUGACACUACUGUUGCCACUGUUACCGAAGCCUCAACUGUUGUUGUUACCGUCACUUCUUGCUCUGACAACAAGUGUACUGUUGUUCCAAAGACAACCGGACAAAAAGUUGUAACUACCACUAUUGAUGAAGUCGUUUCUGUUUAUACCACAUACUGUCCUUUGACAUCUGAAAGCCCAGUCGAAACGACUACUUUAUCUUAUUCUAGCUCCCAACCAAUUGUCGUUGAAACUAGCACUAAAGCACCAGUUGUUGUUGCUGAAACUAGCACUGAAGCACCAGUUGUCGCUCAAACAGUAACUAUCAGUAAUACCCCAGUUUCUCCAACAACUACCGCAGCCGUCGCAGUCGUCCCAGCCACUGAAAACGAGUAUACUACUUCGUUUGUGACUUACACUUCUGUAGUACACUCCGAGUCACCAGCAACAGUCGUAGCUUCUUCCUCUUCUAAAGGAAACUACACCAGCCCUGUUAUAGUGUCUUCGGUUGAGAAUAGCUCAAAUAUCAUUAGAACUUCUGUAUUCACUCUCACAGCAGCACUUUUGACUUUCUUCAUGGCUUCUUUGUAA